CACUGUAGCCAACAGAAUGUGUUACGUAAUAAACGUAAGAAGCAUAGAAAAAUGGCGACCUAGGAUUGGUGGUGCUACCAAGAGAGGGAUGUUUUAUCAUAUUUUAAACAUACUCGGGUCUUUACCCGGCUAUUCAACAAAAGCCUGACAUUUACCGUACAUUAUGGAAGAACCUUGGGAUUUUGAGUUUCUGUCCCGUAUCGCUGACAGCUGCUUAUUGUUUCUGUCGGAAUUCGUGGAUGACUGGCUCGCCAACGACAUGAGAGUGUCCAUAUUUAAAAUUCUUCUCAGCUGGUUGAUUUUUAGUCUUGUAGCAAUUCACUUCGCUUGGAAGGUUUAUGGGAACACUGUGAAUGACAUGUAUUACAGACAAGGUAGUGGACAAAACGGAGGGACACCUGACACAACACCUGGCCUGGGACGAUGGGGGAGUGCAGCUGGAGAACCAUUCAAGACUCAUAGAGAUUAACAGGACAGUUUUAUGAACAUAAGAAGGCCCAGGGACAGUGAAUGCACCUUCAGAAUUAAGGGUCAUCAAGUCCACAAUGACAAGCGCUUGUAAAUACACAAUUUAUUUAAA